GCACACUGAUGCAAACGGACCCGGACACCGACAUGGAAACGGACAUGGAAACCGCAGCACUCUGCCCCUCAGACGGCUGCCAGGGCUCCCCACUGGGGACGCCCACCCCAGAAGCAGUUGCCACACGGCUGAGGAAGCCAGAAAAACUCCUGGCAGAGUUGGACAGGAGCACUCCAACCCAUAUCCCAGGGGUCCCCAGAAGAAGAGGCAGUAUGCCUGUCCCCUACAAGCACCAGCUUCGGCGGGCCCAGGCCGUAGAUGAACUUGACUGGCCACCACAUGCCACAUCUUCUGACUCCUCUGACUCUCUGGGCUCAGGAGAGGCAGCCCCCAACCAAAAUGAUAGCAUCUUCAGGGUCAUGCUGGUGGGGGAGAGCGGUGUGGGCAAAAGCACUCUUGCAGGCACUUUCAGCGAUCUCCAGGGAGACAGUUCUCAUGAACCUGAGAACCCAGAGGACUCCUAUGAGAGACAGAUCUUGGUGGAUAAGGAGGAAGUGACUCUAGUUGUAUAUGACAUCUGGGAACAGGGGGAUGCAGGGGGGUGGCUGCGAGACCACUGUCUUCAGACUGGAGACGCCUUUCUCAUCGUCUUCUCAGUCACCGACCGAAGAAGCUUCUCCAAAGUUCCGGAAACCUUACUUCGGCUCCGGGCUGGGAGACCCAACCACGACCUGCCUGUCAUCCUCGUUGGCAACAAGAGCGACCUGGCUCGCUCCAGGGAGGUCUCACUGGAGGAGGGCCGCCACCUGGCCGGGACGCUGAGCUGCAAGCACAUCGAGACGUCGGCAGCGCUGCACCACAACACGCGGGAGCUCUUCGAGGGCGCGGUGCGCCAGAUCCGGCUGCGACGGAGCAGAGGCCGAGCUGGGGUCCAGAGGCCUGAGCUGGGCAGUCCCGAGGGCCCCGCGCCGCCCGCACGCCGUGAGAGCCUCACCAAGAAGGCCAAGCGCUUUCUCGCCAACCUGGUGCCGCGCAACGCGAAGUUCUUCAAGCAGCGCUCCAGGUCAUGCCACGACCUCUCAGUGCUCUGAGCUGCGGUCGCCAUGGCCACCGCGGUCGCCAUGGCCACCGCGCCCUCAGCUCACCCUUCGUCCCGCCCUGCGCCGCCCGGGUCCGGCUACCUUUGUUGGAGCCGUCUAGGAAACCAAAUACUACCAGGAUGACCUGGUGUGGCCGCGGGAGGC